AGACCCUCCUCUUUAAUCCCCAUCACACCACACCACUACAAUCAUACCCUGCACUCGCACAGAGUGGGCGCUAGAUCUGUGACCUGAGCCAUCGCUGGUGACAAUGACAUGCUCACAGCUUGAUAUGCAGCUCUAACCAUCUACAGGAAAUGCAGGGAGGGACCAGCAAAGAAAGAGAGAGAGAGGCACACUGUGUGUGUGUGUGACACACCAUGUCAUCCUGUGUGUGGCUGAAGAGCGACAGCGGUGACAACACAGUGACACCCUGACGGUGCGUGUCACAUAUUGUGUGUCACAUAAUGCCACACACCCCAACUGAGGAGCAGGAUGCACAGAUCCAUGUUUGCACUGAGAAGAGAGAGGAAGGGACAAGUGGGGAGGUGAGAGUGGCCUGGAACAGCAAAGAGAUGGAGAAAGAAGUCGGGACAAUUGUUGGUGCUCAGAAUGAGGAGCUGCAGGGUUUGGAUGGAGGAGACUUACCUGGGAUGGACGGUGACAAAGGAGAAACACCAGGGCUGGAAAAUGAGAGAGAACGCCUGCGAAGAGAGAUCUGCAGGGAACUGAAGAUUAAGGAAGGGGCAGAAAAGCUUCGCAAGGCCACCACAGAGCGUAAAAACCUGGGACAUGUAGAGACCAUGCUGAGGACAUGUGAGCGAAGGCUUGACAGUUUAAAGCAAGAGCUGGAAGAACUUGAAACCUGUCCAACAUCCCCAGGACCCAAUUCAGGUAAAAAUCUCCCCUCCGAAUUCCCAUGCCCAUCUCAGAAUCCCCGUGUGUUAAAAUUAGAGCGUCUGCUGGACAUCGAGAUGAGAGUCCGACAUGGGGCAGAAAAUAUGAUCCAAAUGUACAGUAAUGGUUCCGUGAAGGAUAAAAAGCUGUUGUCAGCUGCGCAGCAAAUGUUAUCAGAAAGUGAUGCAAAGAUUCACAUGUUACGCACACAGAUCCGCAGAGCAGCCCAAGAGACCUUUGGCACAGGAGCAGGCAUGUCGGAGCUCUCACACACUGAAGUGCACAUUGAGGAGCUGAGACACCACUACAGGGUGGAGCGGGCGGUGUCCGAGGGGGCAGAGAACGCCCUGAGGAUGCUCGGAGGUGCCAAAGCUCAGGACAAGAGUGCGGUCAAUGAGGUACAAGCUCGCCAUGUGGAGUCUCGGCAGAGGCUUGCUCUACUGACAGUGGCUCUACAAAAAUGUCUAGAGGACCUUCCUGAUGACCACCCUAAAGGAUGCCUCCUACGAGAGGAGAUGGCCAUGUGUGUUUCUCCAACAAGACACAGCGCUCCUUCCCCCUCUGCUCCUCACAGCACUUUCUCUAAAUCAGCCCCUCUCACAGGUGUGUUGGAGUUUCGGCUCCUGGGUUGCACUGAUCUAUUAGAUAACGUUCCUGGACGCACAAGGAAUUCAAUGACCUGGCUGCCUGGAAACAGCCCUGUAGAAGGAAAGAGCCUGAAAACACGCACUGCACGAAGCAUGUACUCCCGCACCUCCAGUAUUAAUCGCAGCGAGGAAUUUUCAAGUGAAAUCAGUGUUGUGUUACGGCUGGACAACGUUGUGGUGGGACAAACUUCUUGGAAGACAGAAGGUCGGGACACGUGGGAUCAGGUUUUCAAACUACAGCUUGAAAGGGCACGAGAGCUGCAAGUUUCUGUGUACAGGAAAGAUUUUCGCUCCCUUUGCGCCAUUAAAUAUGUGAAGCUGGAAGAAUUUCUGGAUGACCAGAGACAUGAAACCUUUCUGGAGCUGGAACCUCAGGGAAUGCUGCUAUGUGAGGUAGCAUUUUAUAAUCCAGUAAUUGAAAGAUUUUCGAAACUACGUCGACAAAAGAACAUUUUCUCCAAAGAACAAGGCAAGGCUUUCCUCCGUGCUCGACAGAUGAACAUCGACCCCUCAACAUGGCUCCGCCUCCUGCGCAGAGCUAUUCCUGCCAGCACUGGAGGGUACAGUCCUGCAGAGCGUGGAGCAGAGCUGCGUCUGGAGUCUCUUACACUGGAACCCAAUCAAGAACCGAAAGAUACGGUGGAUAGUCCAGUGCUAAAAGAAAGUCCAGCCACAAGGAAGGACAGCCAAAGACGAACACCGAGUGUCUCUCACCUGUCAUUAGAAGACUUCAGGCUGUUGGCUGUCCUGGGAAGAGGACAUUUUGGAAAGGUUCUACUCUCUGAAUAUAAAGCAACUGGGGAAUUAUUUGCUGUUAAAGCUUUGAAAAAAGGAGACAUUAUCGCCAGAGAUGAAGUGGAGAGCCUCCUGUGUGAGAAGCGUGUGUUUGUGGCAGUAAGUGGCGCCUCCCAUCCAUUCCUUCUCAGCCUCCUCGGCUGUUUUCAGACUACGGAGCACGUCUGCUUUGUCAUGGACUACAUGGCUGGAGGGGACCUGAUGACCCACAUCCACACAGAGGUUUUCAGCCAGCCACGUGCCACGUUCUAUGCUGCCUGUGUACUCCUCGGUCUUCAGUUCUUGCAUAGCAAGGACAUUGUCUACAGGGAUUUAAAACUGGAUAAUCUGCUUCUGGACUCAGAAGGAUAUGUGAAAUUAGCGGAUUACGGGCUCUGUAAAGAAGGUAUGGGCCCAUCUGUUCGCACCUCCACAUUCUGUGGUACCCCAGAAUUCUUGGCUCCUGAGGUCCUGACGGAUGCCUCCUACACACGGGCGGUGGACUGGUGGGGCUUUGGUGUUCUGAUCUAUGAGAUGAUGGUUGGAGAGUCUCCGUUCCCGGGAGAUGAAGAGGAGGAGGUGUUUGACAGUAUCGUCAAUGAUGAAGUCCGAUACCCACGAUUCCUCUCUGCUGAAGCCAUUGCCAUCAUGAGAAGGUUACUGCGCAGGAAUCCUGAUAGACGACUGGGAUCUGGAGAGCGUGACGCUGAGGAUGUGAAGAAGCAGCCAUUUUUUAAGGAUUUGGAUUUUGAGGCUCUCCUUGCCCGUCGCCUGCCUCCACCCUUUACCCCAUCUGUGAAAGGACCACAUGACAUUAGCAACUUUGACCCUGAGUUCACAGCUGAAGGACCUGAGCUGACCCCUCCUCGGGAACCUCGACUUUUAACCCCACAAGAACAGAAUAUGUUCAAGGGCUUCGAUUAUGUGAGGGACGGGGCCUAGGAGCGCGCAAUGUCCCCCUACUGAGUUUUUAUUUUUUUUACUUUUUUUCAGCAGUCUUAUUUUUUUUCUGAAGAACAAGCUCCACCUAAAACUUUUUUCUAUCUUUUAAGGUUGUUGCCAAGUUGAAUCACACAACACCUUCCUUAUUUUCCUAGUGGCAUGUUAUCUUCACCGGAAAGCUCAGUACUGCAGACCUUCUAUGGUCAUUACAAGGCCAAAUGAUGGUGUCUUUUUAAUGGACUCCCUAGAAUGUAGAAUUUACAAAUGUUUGGGCAAUCUUAUUCUGAGAUUGACCUUCAUUAAGGACUUUUGGGAAGGCUACUGUCUGGAAAUGCUACCAAGAGACGUAAUAAAUGGAUACAACCCAUCAAUGUCUAAUCAA